AUGUAUAAGAUCUCAGAGGACACUCGGUUGGUGGAGAUGUCUGUGGUUUCAGAUCAUCAGCUGGAGAAGGCAGUGGAGGUACCACCACUGACUCAAGGAAACACGACAAUUACCCCACCUGAGCCCUCACCCCCAAAAGGAGAAGCAGGGUGUGUGGACUGUGCAGCAGAAACUAAGCGGCUGCCUUCACGGGAGCUCCUACCUCGCCAGAAGGCGUUGUUCAGACACUCAAAGCUUCAUGUUAAAACAAAAACAUCCUUAAAAAUGACCAUCAUGGCUCCAGGAGCCUGCUAUGCAGCAGGGGGCCUUCAAGUUCCUGGGAAGACCGUUCCCAGUCCCCCUCCAGCAGCUGCUGCCAGCCCCAUGCCCCUGCGUAUCACUCCACUGGGCCUGCUGCUUCUCAUCCUGCACUGCCUCAUCCCGGGCUUGUCUUCAGUGUACACAGAGCUGCUCAUGAAGCGACAGCAGCUGCCCCUGGCACUUCAGAACCUCCUCCUCUACACUUUUGGUGUGCUCCUGAAUCUAGGUCUGCACGCUGGCGGCGGCCCCGGCCCAGGCCUCCUGGGAGGUUUCUCAGGAUGGGAAGCACUCGUGGUGCUGAGCCAGGUGCUAAAUGGACUGCUCAUGUCCGCUGUCAUGAAGCACGGCAGCAGCAUCACGCGCCUCUUUGUGGUGGCCUGCUCACUGGUGGUCAACGCCUUGCUCUCAGCAGUCCUGCUGCGGCUGCAGCUCACAGCCGCCUUCUUCCUGGCCGCAUUGCUCAUUGGCCUGGCCAUGCGCCUGUACUAUGGCAGCCACUAGUCCCUGACUACUUCCACCCUGACUCUGGACCCUGUAGAUUGGGUGCCACCACCAGACCCCGCUUCCAGGCGCCCCUCCCUCUCCCCUCAGCAGCCAUGUAACAAGUGCCUUUUGGGAAAAGCUGGAGAAGUGUGAGCAGCCAGGUUAUUCUCUGGAGAUCGGUCAAUGAAGGGAUACCACUAGGAGACUCGAAGAGUGGGUUUGGUUAAGGAAAUGCUUACCAUCCCCCAUCCCCAACCACGUUUUUCCAGACUAAAGAAUUAAGAUAACAUCAAUACCUAGGCCUGAGAAAUGACCCCAUCCCUGUUGGGCAGCUCACUGCCUCAUCCUGCAUGAACACAGUUGAUGAAACUGGGGUGUGGGCAACAUGUGGCUUUCCUUGCCUACUUUGGUCACCCCAGUAGAGCCACUGGAGCUGGCUACUCCAGCCUAACCUUGGUGCCUGACUC